UGUUUUCGUAAUAUAUAGUCGGCGGUGAGUAUGACAGCCUCCGCAUUUUAUCCUGUCACCUUCGACUGUAAACAUGUUGAGCUCCUGUUGUCUGCCUUGUACGGCCCUAACACACAUAUACGGCAGCCGUAUGCGGCCCGUUUACGGCCUAAUAAGGCACACGUCCACGGCUGCUGUUAUCUUCGUGAUUAUAGUAACACUCAUCAGUCCCGCGAUAACGGUGCAUGCGGCUACCGUGCGAGAAGGUCGCGAUGCGGCGGGCGCGGACGAACUACCUGAGUUCACAGAGGCGUGCCUUGGGUGCAUUUGCGACGCGACGUCCGCCUGCAACCUGACGAUCGGCUGCACGGCAGGCCUGUGUGGGCCCUUCCUAAUUGGCCGCCAGUACUGGUUCGACGCUGGCGCCCCUGUACUCAGCGGAGAUAACUGGCAACGCAGUGGAGCUUACGAGGCGUGUACAGUGGAUCCUUACUGUUCAACAAGUACCAUGUACAACUACAUGUCCAGAUAUAUUCAGGACUGCAAUGGUGACGGCGAGAUAACGUGUGAUGACUAUGCCAGAAUACACUACCUUGGUGGCCUACAGUGUGAUAUGCCCAUUCACAAUUAUGCCUACUACAGGGUGUUCAGACAGUGUGUGUCAAAGAUAGCGAAUCUCAAAUAGAAGAUGCCUCAAAAUUUGAAACGUUUGUUAGUUCAGUGCUCAAUUUAAUAGUCAUAAAAAUUAUACACACUAAUUUAUUAUAAUAAAUAGAUAACAAUUACAACAAUAA